AUUCUCAUAAACAAUAGUAACAACUCCCAUUAGAAAACAUAAACAACAAUUUUAAUUGUUUUCUUUUUGUUUAAUUAAUUAAAUUAAUUCUAAUUUUUUUGGUUUACUGAUUAACUUUAAUUAUACGCUAACAUGAGAUUCAAAUUGUUUGGUGAUCUUGAUUGUCCAGAUUGGGUUUUAGCUAAUUUAAAUUUACUUGCUAAAUUGAGUUCGGUUAAAGUGAAACUCAUUUGUAAUCUAGUGAUUUCUGAUGUUGGAAAAAAAGAGAUUGAUUUUGAAAAACUGUUAAAGAUCACCAGUGAUGCCAAAUUUGAUGAGAAAGACAGUAGAGCUUGUUUUAUGGUUGUCUCAUUUAUCCUUAAAAGUGCUUGGAGAUUUAAUAUUGAACAGUCUAUCGUUACAGCGGAAUUACAACAAUUAGGAUUACCUAAAGAACAUACAACUGCGAUUGCCAAAGUUUUCGCUGAGAAAGCUGAUGAUAUGAGAAACGCUCUGAAAAGUCAAAGUCUUCGUCUCAAUAAGCUCGAUGAAAUUGAGACUCAAGUAAUGGAUGGAUUCCAAACGGACAAUUUCAAGAUUAACACAAAAUUAGGAUUGAUUAAGAUGAAACUCAACAAAAAUGGAUCAAAAGAAAUGGUUGAAUUUGCUAUAACCAAAGAGAAAUUAGCAAUUCUAAUACAGUCAUUGAAAGAAGCUGAAACAUUAGAAUAGAGAUUCGAUCUCUCUAACGAAGUCAACAAUUUAAAUCUUGAUUAGUUGACAUAAUCGAAAGUUGCCAAAUUUGUACUAUUCUCAUUCCAUGAACAUCUUUCUCAUCCUAUGAGAAAAAGAAAUCAAUUUAAUUUUUAACUUUUUUAAUUCCCAGA